UUAGAAUCAUUCCCAGUAAAUACGUAGAUUGUAUGGACUAUAAACAGGGUGGUAUAAGCAGGUUUUCCUUCUUUAAAGCUGUGUCAGGAGGCACACUGACGUUGUUCUGAGACACUGUUAGCCGUGAGUUAUUUUCAGUAAAAGUGCCAUGGUGCCUUGCUUCACAACCGGCGCAUGGGAGGACCUUCUUCUGUCGACGGUGCAGCAGCAGGACGUGACGACUGUGGAGGGAUGGAUAAGGGUGAAUGGUCUCCCGGUGGCCAUCGCCAAUGUCUAUUACAACAUAUGGAGCGUAAGCUUUCAAAAUGCCGUCGAGUCAGAUCUGCUCGACCGGUGCCUCAAGAAGGACUACCUUCGCGAGCGUGACCUGCAGCACAUCCUCUGCCGGCCGAAGAGGACGUCCUCGGAAGCCUGCCCCGAAACUGCUGCGGGAGUCGAGCUGCUGUGGUUCUGCCUGGGGGUCGAGAAGCACUUCCAAGACACAGCCUCGCACCGGCACUGGGUCAUGCAGACCUUCCGCCGCCUCGUAAGCGACGCCAAGAUCUUCGGCGAGCUGGAUUGCAGGACUGUCGCGCGCCUGCGCUCGCGUUGCGACCGCCACGACCUGUCCAAGUUCCGGCUGGAGCAGGCCGUCGGCUACACUCUUCGGUGGGUACACGGCUUGCACUCCGACCUCUGGGUCCACGCCUCCAACUUGCACCUUCUGCAGGAGGACCACCAUCCACAGCACUACUUCCGGAGGACACGCAUCGACGAGCUGAGGCCCGUGUGCGAGCAGAAGGGGCAUGCGCACACCGACGACGAGAGAAUGGACGAGCUCGCCCGCUACGAGUCGAUCCUGGACAUGGUGGCGUGCCGCUGGGAGAGGCGGCUCGGGGGCGACCACGGCGUCGCCACGAGCCAGCUGGCCAACACCUCGGAGGAGGAGAGCGCGCUAGGGCGAUACUGCCCGUGCGACUUGAAGUAUGUUAAAGACGUCUAUAAGAAAAUAGAAAGCUUUGACGAUGAAAAAAUAAACAUCUAAGUAUCUAGAUCUUAUCGAUACAAUGGAUUGCUCAAGUGACUGUUGUCAGUAUCGUUACAAUCCACGUGUAUAUAAUUGAAUGUACAUGUAGUAUAAUGUUGUGUUAAUGCAUUUCAUUCUUAGAUAACAUUCAUCUUAUUCAUUAUUCAUCUUGCCAUCAUUCUACGAUUUUAUAAUAAAAUAUGAAGCCUAA